AUGAAGUGGGAGUUUUUUAUUUUUCUUUUUGUUAUUUAUAUGAAUGGAAUAAUAGGAAAUGAACAUGUAAAAUUAAACAAGUUAGAAUGUCAAGGCAUUUUUAUAAAUCAAGAAAAAGAUGAUAAAAUAAAUAUUUUAGAAAAUAAUUCUGAUAAUUCUUAUUACAUUAUAUAUAAAAAUGAAAGUGAUGGAAUAUAUAAUUCAAGUGAGCAUUUUAAUGGAUUAUCAAUGUUUAUAAAAAAUAAAAAAGAAAAAUAUGAAUAUAUUAAGAAAAAUAUUUUUUUGAAUUUUUUGAAAAAAAUAUAUUAUUCUUAUAUUUAUCAAUUAUAUUUUAUAAAAGAUAUAAGACAAGACAAAAAUGUUUAUAAAAAUUAUAAUAAAAUAAAUACUUUAUCAGAGAUGUUAGAAAUGCAUAUAUCAACAUUAGCAAAAAAUAUUAAUGCAUUAUUUAUUAGUGAUAAAGAUUUGGUCGAAUUGUAUAAGGGGUGUAGGAAUUUUAUAAAACUUGAUGUCAAUAAAUUAAGCAAAUUAGAAAUGAACAAGAGAAACGGAAAAAAAAAUAAUGGUGAAAAUAGUGGUGAAAAAAGUGGCGAAAAAAGUGGCGAAAAAAGUGGCGAAAAAAGUGGCGAAAAAAAAAUGCACAAAAUACGUAAAGAGUGUUUAUCCCAUAAGUAUAUGCUAUUGAAUUGGAUAGAUGAUGAAUAUCUCAAAAAAGAAAAUGAAGAAAAAUUGAACAGCUUUAGUAAUACAUAUAUGAAGAGUAACAAUUUUGAAGAAACAGAUUUAUGGUCAUUUUUGUAUGUGUCAAAAAAUGAUCUAAUAAAAGAUCGUUUUUUUUUUUAUAUAAAAAUAUAUUUUUUUAAAAUAUUGGAAAAAAAAAAUAAAAGAGCUUACAAUCUUUUUAAUUUAUUAAUAAAAAUGAAAAUAUUUAAAGAUAUAAAUAUAUCAAGUUAUGUUGAGAAGAUGGAAAAUAUAAAAAUAAAUGAUCAUAAUAGACAAAAUGAAAUUAAACAAAUUUUUCAAGUAUCCUUUAAUAUGUAUACAACAAAUUAUAAAAUAAUUGAUAGUUUAUCAUUUUUUUUUUCAAAAUUUACAUGUAAAGAUAAAAUUAAUAAAACAUUUUUUACAAACAGUUUUUUAGAUAAUAAUAUUUAUGUAUAUAUAAAUGGAGAGAAGAAUUAUCAAAUAAAUUAUUUUAAUUGGAUAUACAAAAAUGGGAUAGAAAAAGGGCUUUAUUUAUUAUCAUUCAUAUAUUUAAAUAUUAACAAUUUGAGUGCUUUAAAUAAAAUGGAUAUGCACCGAGAUAAUUCAAAAAAAUGUAAUUUCAUUUUGAAUAACCAACUUGAUAAUAUUCCAGUCAUAUUCCGUGAUAAUAUAUUUUAUAAAGAUGAUUAUGUAAUGUAUAAAUCUGAAAAAUGUGAAUUAAAUUUAAACACAAGGAUAAUAAAUGUUGAUAUAUAUAAAGAAAUAAAAAAUGAAGGGUUUAAUAAAAAUACUAAGACAAAUAUAGAUAUAACAUAUUUAAAAAAUAAUAAUGUAAUGAAUAUAGAAACAUGUAAAUCUAUAAUAAUUGAAAAUUUUUCUAAUAAUAUUAUAAUUGAUAAAGAAAAAAUAAAUAAUGAAAUUAAUGUAACUUUUACGAAUACAGAAAAUCAUAAGAAUAAAUCUGUACAUGUUAUAUCUACAUAUUAUCACAACAAAUUAUUAACAAGUUUUGAAAAAAAAACAAAUCAUGAUUAUAAAAAUAAAAGUAAUAUUCUUAUUUACAAUAUUUAUUAUAGAUUACAUACAAACAUAAAUAAAAAAUUUUGGAUAAAUUCUGAACACGAUAAUAGGUGUAAAAAAAAAAAAAAAAAAUAUUUCACUGAUAUUUAUUGCACUAAGUUUUCAUAUGAGAUACCUAUCGACACUAGAUAUAUAUCAACAUGUUAUUCAGAUAAAACAGGAUAUAAUAAUAAUACUAAUGGUGAAGAGAACAUAAAUUCAUGCGGAAAUUAUGAUGCUAUAUUAAUUUCAAAUGGUAAAUUGUUUUUAGAUUGUAUAAGCCCAAAUGAAAUAAAUACAAACAUAAUGAAAAAUAAAAUGAUAAAUAUAAAAAAUAAAAUAACAAAUAUAAAAAAUAACAAUUUUAGCAUAUAUGCUGAUGUGGAAAAUGUGUAUAUAUAUGAAAAAGAAGACAUUAUAAUAACACACACAUUAGAUUAUUAUAUAUUUAUAAAUGAAAUUUCAUUUUUUUCUUUGUGUUAUAAUACAACUAAAGAUAUGAACAGCCAUAAAAUUAAUAAAUAUGAUUAUAGUGAUGUUUUAAAUAUAAAAAAUUAUAUUUAUGCCAGGCCAAUAAAUAAUGGAAUAAAUAAUGGAAUAAAUAAAAAACAUAAAAUAUUUAAUUUUUAUAAAAUCUAUUCAAAUAAAAAAAUUGACAAAAAUGCAAUCGAAAUAAAUGAUUUAAAAAAAAUAAAUAUUCCAAUAUAUUAUGAUAUAUCUUUUAAACAGCCAUAUUAUUCUGAUAUCUCUUAUAUUUAUUCUAUGCCAAGAGGAAAUGCAAAUUAUUAUUAUAUUUUAUACAUUUCUUCAUUUGUUUCGAUUUCUCUUAUUAUAUUUACUUUUUAUUUAUGUUACAAAUUUGCAUAA